AUGAAUGAUAUCACAUUACAAUCAAUACCAUUUUUACGUAUGGUUAAUAAUGAUUAUCUUGCUGAUGCCUUCUUUUAUCUCUCCAAGGAACGAGGACAGAGUAUUAUUAAUCACGUCACAAGAGAAUUUAAUGAAGCCUAUGCUAGGUUUUUAAAAGAAUAUCCUUUAUUUGAUGGUAAAGUGGCCAUCUUGGCUUAUUCAUUAGGUGGUAUCAUUACUUGGGAUAUCUUGGCCAAUAAUUAUGGUGUCACACCUAAAAAUGAAAUAAAUUCAAAAUUAGAUUUCUUGUUUCCUACCUUGAAUUUUAAACCUGAUUUUUUCUUUACACUUGGAAGCCCUCUAAGUGCCUUUCUAACAGUUCGUAAUCAAGAUCCUAAAGUGUAUCGACCUGAUGCAUCAAUUCUGUUUGAAAAUAUCUUUCAUCCCUUUGAUCCCUUGGCAUACCGCUUUGAGCCAAUGUUAAACUCUUAUUAUAAAAAUAAGCCUGCUGUUCUUAUAGAUGCCUAUCGUGAUGCAGCUACCUUUUUCUCAGAUGAUCACAUUCUACAACGAGUCUAUAAUAAGGGCUUAAAAUGGAUGACAUGUAUAUCAAAGAUUUUCGUUUCUCAACAAGAGGCAUCUUAUUCAGAGGAUGAAUUAUCAACACCAAAGCUUUCAUUGGAUUACUAUAGCGAUGAAGAAGAGGAUGAAGAAAUCAAGACUCCUUGUGAUUUACUUGUGAGUAAUGAAAAUCUAUUUAUUUCACAAAAGCGACGUUCUAUAGAUGUGGAGUGGCAAGAAGAGAUGAUGAUGAACAAGAGACAAAAGAAAAUGAAUGAUACAGAAAAACUACUAUUGAGCACAACAAUGACACGAAAUGCUACUAUGAUUGCAGCAGAAGAAUUUAACGUAUUAGAGAAUCGGGUUGAUUAUGUCUUGAGACCUGAAAGGUGUCUAUUGGGUCUAGUAAAUAAGAAUGGCUAUCUAAGUGGUCUUACUGCUCAUUUCUCUUAUUGGACACAUCCUGAUUUGAUGUGGCAUAUUGUACGUCGACUUGAAUAUGGAAAAAGAAAAUAA